CUACCCAUCCAUCCACCAAGACAAAUUUGUAAACAGAGGAAAUCGUUCGAUCGACAGGAAGAGUCUUCAAGCUUCAGCUAGCAGCCAUGCCGUUCGUGCCGGCGUGCGUGCAGUGCGGCACCCGGAGCAACCCGUGCCGGUGCAAGGUGCUCGGCCCGACGCUGGGGUUCGUGGCCUUCGUCGCCACCGGCGUCGUGGAGUGGCCGCUGGGCGCGGUGGUGUACCUCUUCCGCCACCACAAGGGCCGCCGCAUCAUGGGGCACCCGGCCAGGGUCGUCUACCCGCGCGUCACCAGGGCGAUCCCGAUAUGA